AUGUAUGCAGAUUGGAAGCAGAACUUUCACUAUUAUGAUGCACUGAGGAAGGAGGAGAGAAAGCACCAACAUACAGGGAGGAAAAAUUCUGGUCUUUUACAAGGUGAUGACAUUUAUGACAUUCCACUACUCCAAACAUUAUAUGAAGAAAACAAUGGGAAUGAGUUCCCUGCAAGUGGGGGAAAUUUUCCUGAAAAAUCUUACAUUUGUAUACAAUGGAAUGCUCGUAUCAGGAAGAAAAUAUUUAAAUGCCUGGAGUGUGGAAAAAUCUUUGGGCGGAAGGAUAAACUAACUUCUCAUCAAAGAACUCACACUGGGGAGAAACCAUAUAAAUGCCCGGAAUGUGGAAAAACCUUCAGUCAGAGUGCACAUCUUACUUGCCAUCAAAGAAUUCACACAGGAGAGAAAAAAUAUAAAUGUCUGGAAUGUGGGAAAAGCUUCACUCAAAGUGGAAACCUUGCUUCACAUCAAAGUAUUCACACAGGGGAGAAAAAAUAUAAAUGCCUGGAGUGUGGAAAAAGCUUCAAACAUUCUGGAAGCCUUACUACCCAUCAAAAAAUUCACACAGGAAAGAAACCAUAUAAAUGUGUACAAUGUGGGAAAAGCUUUGGACGGAAGUACAUCUUAACUUUUCAUCAAAGAAUUCACACAGGGGAGAAACCACAUAAGUGCCUGAAGUGUGGGAAAAGCUUUGGGCGGAAGGAUGAACUAGCUUCCCAUCAAAGAAUUCACACAGGAGAGAAACCAUACAAAUGCCUGGAGUGUGGAAAAAACUUCAGUCAUAGUGGAAAUCUUACUUCCCAUCAAAGAAUUCACACAGGGGAGAAAAUAUAUAGAUGUCUUGAGUGCGGAAAAAGCUUCCAUCGAAGGGCAAACCUCACUUCCCAUCAAAGAAUUCACACAGGGGAAAAACCAUAUGAAUGCAUGAAGUGUGGGAAAAGCUUUGGGCGAAAAGAUAACCUAAUUUCCCAUCAAAGAACCCACACAGGAGAAAAAACAUAUAAAUGUGUGGAAUGUGGAAAAAGUGUUGGGAAGAAAGAUGCUUUAACUUUCUAUCAAAGAAUUCACGCAGCAGGAGGUGUGUGGGAGUCCGCAGAUGAAACAAAAGAGCAACCAUUGAUGGAAAAAGAAGAUACAUAUCCAGGUGGGAAAGUGAAUGUUGAAUAUUGUGAUGAAUGA